AUGGAUGCCCAGCCGUCUUCCGCGAACCCACAGUAUCAAUAUCUACAAGCUACACAGUGGUCGAGACUCGUUCGGCGCAACUCCCUCGCUGCUGUCGGUCCUAGCCCCGAGCAUCCCUCAAGUCGUGCCGUCACAUCUCAGCCCCCCUCGCGCCUCGAUUUGAUCCCUAUCCUGCUUCCGCAGCAGCCAUCCUACCACCUGGUCCAGCUCGCGGUCUACAACCGGCUCAUAUCCGCUGGGACGGCCGCACAGCUCCAGUCCUCGCCACUCCCGCCCCUACUCUCACCACAACACAUUCAGGCUGUGCCUGGGCAGCGGUCCAGCUCAAGCGGCACCACGGCACGAAUCAACAAUUCUGCGGCUCGGGGUGGUCAUGGGAAUAAGGAGCAACGGAAAUCCAGCAUCGGAGAGCGUGCGCUCAUAACGGAGAAGGAAGUAGCAGCCAAGAUGCCGGGCAGGAAGGCCGAGUUGAGCCAACUCCCUAUACGAUCUCACCCACCAAACCACCGUCCAUCUCUGUCCCAGCUGUCGAAUUCCGUGCCCUCGACCCCUCACCAACGUGCCAGAGACUUCUCGGGGGAGUCUCGCGAAACCUCCCCCACCGCGGCGAGUAACCACUCGCCGCGCUCUGCAUACUCGGAGUCGAAUAUCCCCUUGCCACCGAAACCCCACCCCAAACGGGUACCGUGCAAGUAUGAGACCGCCAUGGCGGGCACAAGACGGCGGAUGCCCUACAACCUGGGGGACGAGCUGCUGGAGAAGGUCGAUGAUUCGAAACUCAAGGCAAAGCUGACAGCGGACGACGAGAAAACGUUGACCGCGGAGAUGGAGAAGAUGUACAACACCCUGCUUCCGACACCGAAGAGCGAUCGGAAUCGAGAAGCCAUGUUGAAGAAGUUGGAGGACCUCUUCAAUCGAGAAUGGCCCGGGCACGAUAUCCGUGCGCAUGUAUUUGGAUCCUCUGGUAACUUGCUGUGUACAGAUGAGUCUGACGUCGAUAUAUGUAUCACCACGGAAUGGGAUGCGAUGCCGAAUGUCUGCAUGGUCGCGGACUUGCUAGCGAAGAAUGGGAUGGAGAAGGUCUUGUGCAUCGGGGGCGCCAAGAUUCCGAUUGUGAAGAUAUGGGACCCAGAGCUGAAGCUGGCGUGCGACAUGAACGUCAACAACCCUCUGGCGUUGGAGAACACGCGGAUGAUCAAGACAUACGUCCAGAUUGAUCCUCGAGUGCGGCCUCUCGCGAUGAUCAUCAAGCACUGGACGAAGGAGAGGAUAGUAAACGAUGCAGCUUUUGGCUGCACUCUCAGUUCGUACACAUGGAUAUGCAUGAUCAUAUACUUCCUGCAGAACCGGAAUCCCCCGAUUCUCCCAGCUCUACAUCAGCGGCCGCAAGACAAACUUCCUCGCCCGAAUGGCGACGAGAGCGCAUUCGCAGAUGACCUACAUGCACUAGCAGGAUUUGGGAAGGAUAAUCAAGAUAGCCUGGGGGAUUUACUCUUCCAGUUCUUCCGCUACUACAGCCACGAAUUUGACUACGAAAAUACAGUCAUCUCGGUACGGAGUGGGACGCAUGUGUCGAAGGAAGAGAAAGGGUGGCAUUGUUCGAUAAACAACCGAUUAUGCGUUGAGGAGCCCUUCAACGUCGGACGAAAUCUAGGGAACACGGCUGAUGACAUCUCAUUUCGAGGCCUGCAUAUGGAACUGAGAAGAGCUUUCGAUUUAAUAUCGGAGGGCAACUUGCUCCAGUGCUGUGAGAAAUACGUAUUUCCCAAGGUGGAGGAGAAGGUCUUUACGAGGGCAACAACAAAGAAGUCGUCCGCUGUGAUUAUGCGGAGUAUUUCGACCUCGUCGGGCCGAGGCGGAGGCCGAAAUGGGGGAGGUCAUCGAGGGAAUCGCAAUAACAGCCAGUCGGGCAGGAACGGGAAUAGCAACAGGCGAUCGUCCGCCGGAGCGUUCGACCAAAAUCACAACCCGGCCUAUGUACCUGGUAUGCCACCCAACAACUUCUCUUCUCAGGAGGCCUGGCUCCAACGUCAAGCGCAAGCGCAGCUGCACAACGACUUGUACGCCACUUACUCGGUGCUCCAAGCGCAAGAAAACAAUCUGAGGCUCCAGCUAUAUGCGCAAGGUCUGCAGAAUCAAGCCUACGCGCAAUCUCAGGCCCAGGCCCAGGCCCAGGCCCAGGGACAAGCGAACGGGAGCACGGGCAAAUCGCCCUCCUCCACACAGCGGAACCGAACCAGCUCCUUCGAACAAGCUCCCCUGACAGCGCCCUUACGCCCUGAUAUGUACUUCUACCCUCUGCAGUACCCACCGAACCAAAUGUACUACCAGUCGCCCACCACGAAUCCUUCUUCGCCUUCCUUGAGCGCGGCCACUCCCGAUCUGAGACGAAGCAUGCAACGUUCUACGGCGACGGAUGGUUCUGGCCAUGGACAACCCAACAGUGCUUUACGGUCACAGUCCCAGCCCGCUACACGCUCGGGCUCGUCGCCACUCGCUCUAUCCGGAGGUGGGCUUGGCCCUGCCGGGCUUGGCAUCCACCAAUCCGCACGGCCCGUCAAUGGAAAUGCCGUCCCAAGCUUCAUCUCAGACGAAAACCCCGAGGCCGCAAUGGAUUCGAGCUUUAGGACGCUGCCACCACCUCUGGACGGAUCGCCGCCGAAGGAGUACGUUGGGUACUACGUUAAUGAUCCCGCUCAGCUCUGGCGAAGACAACACCACGCGAUGCCUCGGCCAAUUCCUACAUUUGGUGAUCUUGGCCAGGCACGGGCGCCCCCACGAAGAUUAUCCACCGAGCAGCUACCACAGUCUAUAUUAGAUCGGCUGAAGAGGCCCUCACGGUCUCCGUCGCCCUUGGGUCACGAGCGGUCCUACUCCAUGGGUGCCCCUUUCAGUCUAACCAAUUCUCACAAUGGCGUAUCCAACACGAACCUGCGGGCCUUGAACAGUCAGACACCCGCGGUCGUAAACGGAUCCAACCCACUACCCUUGUCGAUUCCAAACUGGAGGGCUUCCAUCAGCGAAGGAUGCUUGUCUGAAGGUCGUGUUGGCGAUCUGGUCGUCGGUCCUAUGGACUCGCUCUCCCAAGCCUCCAGGACCGAGAGUGACACUUCGGGAGAGCACGACAUGCCCGGGAAUAUGACACCUCGUGACGUUCGUCAAGACGGUCGAACCGAACCUCCAAUAGUUGUGAAUGGAUCAUCGCCGCUGAAGAAAGACGCUGGGCUUGCCGACCCUGUUUCGACCGCCUCGAACGGACAUGUGCCGCUUCUAAUCAAUAUCCCCAACGGGUUCUUGCCGGUCGAUCUUAGCGGCUCACUCCGGUUAUCGCCAAAUGGUCGGAACCGAUCGACCCGCCAGAACGGUGGUGUUUCUCCUCUUGACCUAGCACAGAUUCAGGACCACACCAGAGAUGACCUGAACCACCUGUCUCCUGUGUAUGAGACCGGGUCUCCAUCGCCGACAGCGAGCCGGAAGUUCGAGCCCGUGGAGAGGAAGAUCACUGGCACCACCAAUGGCGCUACCUGGAAGGGUGCCGAGCUUUACGCGAAAUUCGAGAAUGCUGGCCCAAAAUCCGGACAAGCAAAUGGACAAGCAAAUGGACAAUCAAACGGGCAGAUAAACGGGCUCCAUUCCGAGCAAGCCGCCUUCUCCAAAGUCAAUGGUCACACUAGAGCAUCGAAGAGUGAAGGUACAGCUGGUAACUGGCAAAAAAUUACAAAAUCUAAAAAGAAGGCCGAGGGGAAGACUACUGGAGAAGGACAUCCUCAGAGCGAGAAGUUCCCGGCUCAUGUGAACGAGCGCAAAGGAGGUUAG